AAGGGAGGGAAGCGAAUAAGCGAUGGCAUUUGCCGGACUUAAGAAGUCAUAAUGUUUCCGUUCAAGUAUACAUUUCAAAUCCGCUUCAGCGCUUUGCAUCGUCGAGCGUCCCACCAAGCCUUUCGCCUACAGAGUACAGAGAGACUGAGAGAGGGUGUGGAGUUGUGCACCGUGUUGAGCUUUAGCGUUCUACAUCCUUAGAGCUUGUGUUAGUCCGAUCAUCACUUAUAUAGGGAUCAUACUUCGUUAUCGAUUUAAAGAAGCUUAAAUCCAUUCUCUGCAAGUCAGUGCAUUCGAUUACGAUUGAUCAAAUGGAUUAGAUGAUCAAGAAAAUUUCGCCACAAUGAUCGAAAUUUUGAUCAAAUAAAUCUUGAAAUAGGGACAUUGAAGUUUAAUUCGAUUUUAUUACUUGUUCUGCGAAUGAUCUUCUCUGGAAUCGAUUAAAAGAAAUCGCUCUGGAAAUCCGCCAAGAUUAGCUGCGAUUGUUUCCAGAAUCCUCUUUAAUGGCGCAGAACAACAUUCCGGUCAGCGAAAUUUACUGGUCUCUGUCCGAUAAAGCAGAUAAGAAGUUCAAUCGUAUUAGGGAUUCGCCCUACCAUGCUAGAAACAGGAAUGAUGACUAUUUUAACAAGGUCUUCAAGGUAUACACGCAGCUAUGGAAAUUCCAACAAGAGAAUCGCCAGAAGCUAGUCGAGGCGGGGGUUAAGAGAUGGGAGAUUGGAGAGAUUGCUUCUCGCAUUGCUCAACUUUACUAUGGACAGUAUCUCCGGACUAGCGAGGCCAGCUAUCUGUCGGAAUCGUAUGUCUUCUAUGAAGCUAUAUUAAAUCGGGAAUAUUUCAAGGAAAGUUCGAUGCAGGAUAUUAAUAUCGCAAACAAGCAAUUGAGGUGCAUUGUCAGGUUCUUGAUCGUUUGCUUGAUUUUGAAUCGGAGAGAAAUGGUUCAUCAAAUGUUUAAUCAGCUAAAGAUGUCUGUAGAUGAGUACAAGAGGUCUUUCCAGGAAAAUGACUUCAAAGAGUGGAGACAGGUGGUUCAAGAGAUAGUUCGAUUUCUUAAAGCUGACACAGCCUUUAUGAAUAUGAGGCCUUUGAGAUAUAGUUUAAUACUUGAUUCUCAUCUAGAUUCUCAACCACAUGUGAGUUCAUUUGAGGCAAGAAGAGGGUUAAAGUUACGGGAGGCAAUUUUAAGUAGCUAUCACCAUAAUGAGGUCAAGUUUAUGGAGCUCACCUUGGACACCUUCAGAAUGCUUCAGUGCCUGGAGUGGGAACCUAGUGGUUCUUUUUACCGGGCAAGUGGACCUCCUAACAGUGGGAUUGGUAGUAACAUGGGUCAGAAUGGGGCCUUUGGGCCUAAUUGCAUCAGCUAUUCGCAGGACAUUACAGAUCCUACUUUGCCAGCAAACCCACGAAAGGCCAUUUUAUAUCACCCGGCUGUUACACAUUUUAUAGCUGUGAGUAUGACAAGAUAAAAUGAAACUGGCAAUCAAUUGUUUGACUAUUAGAAACUACAACAUAUGCUCCAUGUGAAUGAUCAUAUGGAGUGGCAUUUUUAGUACCAAAGUGUUUUAAUUAACUAAUAAUCAAUAAUUUUCUAAAAGGCCAAUAUAGAAAGUAGAAACAACGUCCACCUCUUAAACUGUUAAUGCAAAAAAUAUAAUAAAAUAAAUAAAAAAGGA